AGAAGAAUCAACGGUGCCUUUAGCCCAGCGAAGCCCAGGCAGCUCCACCAGCGCGCGUAUUUGGCACAAAUAAUCUCCUCUUAAGUUUUUUUAUUUAGUACGUUUCGUUCUGUUUUAUAUUUCGUUCUGGUGAUGUUUUUUCUUUUGACUUAUUUCAACUAACCUGAGAUCCUCAUCGUUAACUUCCGGUCACUACCGCGUCGCCUGUCUGCCUGUGAGUGCUUGCUGUCUCGGUUCCUCAGCACAGAUCUCCUCUGCUUUAGCCGCUGUCAUGCCGGCUGCACUGAGCGACUCCAGUCAGAUCAUCUGUGAGGUGUGGGCGAGUAACGUGGAGGAGGAAAUGAGGAAAAUCCGUCAGAUCAUCCAGAGCUACAACUACAUUGCUAUGGACACAGAGUUCCCAGGUGUGGUGGUGCGACCCAUUGGCGAGUUUCGCAGUACGGUGGAUUAUCAGUACCAGUUGCUGCGCUGUAAUGUGGACCUGCUCAAGAUCAUCCAGCUGGGACUGACCUUCAUGAACCAGGAUGGAGAUUAUCCCACCAACGGCACCACCACCUGGCAGUUCAACUUCAAGUUCAACCUUACAGAGGACAUGUACUCCCAGGACUCCAUCGACCUGCUCCAGAAUUCCGGGCUCCAGUUUAAGAAACACGAGGAGGAAGGAAUCGACACGCUGUACUUUGCUGAGCUGCUGAUGACCUCGGGUCUGGUUCUGUGUGAGAACGUCAAGUGGCUUUCGUUCCACAGUGGCUAUGACUUUGGUUACCUGGUGAAGCUGCUGACGGACGCUCGUCUCCCUGAAGAAGAACAUGACUUUUUCCAGAUCCUCAACCUCUUCUUCCCCGCCAUCUAUGACGUCAAGUAUCUGAUGAAGAGCUGCAAGAACCUGAAGGGCGGUCUGCAGGAAGUGGCCGAUCAGCUGGAGCUGAAGAGAAUUGGCCGACAGCACCAGGCAGGUUCAGACUCUCUGCUCACUGGGAUGGCCUUCUUCAGGAUGAAGGAGCUUUUCUUUGAAGACAACAUCGAUGAUGCAAAGUAUUGUGGGAGACUUUACGGUCUGGGCUCCGGCUCCACUCAACCGCAGAACGGCGUCUGCAGCUCAGGUCCAGACGACGCCAACAACAAACACUGAACCAAUGAACAUUUUUAUCCUUGAAAAGAGCAGCAACCAGCAGCGUGACCUCACUUCCUUUCCGAGUCCACUUUUUAAAUGUUGAUUUCCUACGAUGUGACCACACCAACUGAGACGUGGCGUAACGUUACGACCAAUAAGAAGUUUUAGCUUUUCCAGAAACUUUUUAACAGAAACUGGGUUUAAUGUUUACUGUUUUUAUUUGUUUUAAAAUGUUUAUUAAAUGUUUUCUAUUUUCAUCCAAA